AUGCCAGCUCGGAGGUCCGGGAGAAAAGGUAAACCAAGACUGCCGCCGUCCCUCCCUCGCCACGCCUUCGCCACGCCCCUCCCUGGCGUCAACGGGCCCUCCCGAGUGCGCCUGCGCUUACGCCUGCGCCUGGCAAGCGGCCGGCCUCUCUUGUCCAAACGCUGGACCCCGCCGCGCCCCGCCCCAUCCUGCACCCGCGCUUCGCUGACGGAGAAAGCGCGGGGCGACAUGCGGCUGGUGAGCUGGAACAUAAAUGGGAUCCGGCGAUCGCCCGAGGCCCUGAGACGCCUGCUCGAUUCCCUGGGGGCCGAUGUGACCUGCCUACAGGAGACCCGAGUCACUCGGGACCUGCUGGAAGAGCCCCUGGCCAUCGUGGAGGGAUACAGCUCCUACUUUAGCUUCAGUCGAGGUCGCAGUGGCUACUCAGGUGUGGCCACCUUCUGUAAAAAUAACGCCACUCCAGGGGCAGCCGAGGAAGGCCUGACCAACCUCCUAACCAAUCACGAGGGUGCCGUGGGUGCCUAUGGGAACACAGAAGAGUUCACUGAAGAUGAGCUGCGGGCUCUGGACAGCGAAGGUCGGGCAGUUCUCACUCAGCACCGGAUACGCACUUCAGAUGGCCACGAGAAGACCUUGACGAUAAUCAACGUCUACUGCCCCCACGCGGACCCCGACAAGCCAGAACGAUUGACCUACAAGCUGCGUUUCUACCGACUCCUGCAGCUCCGAGCUGAAGCCCUCCUGCGGACGGGCAGCCACGUGAUCAUCCUGGGCGAUGUGAAUACCUCUCAUCGGCCUCUGGACCACUGUGACCCUACAGAUCUGGCGUGCUUUGAAGAGAACCCCGGGCGCCAGUGGCUCACCCAGUUCCUGUGGCGGCCUGACGGGGAGAGUGGGCUGUUCGUUGACAGUUUCCGUCACUUCCACCCGACCAAAGUCGGUGCCUUCACCUGCUGGUCAACCGCUACGGGGGCACGCCUCACUAACUAUGGUACCCGACUCGACUAUAUCCUCGGCGACAGAGCCCUGGUGCUGGGGGAGUUUGAGGACUCCUUCCUCAUGCCCGAGGUGGAGGGCUCAGACCACUGCCCCGUGGGGGCCACCCUGAGGGCCGAGCUCAUCCCGGCACCCCGAUGUCCCCCACUUUGUACCCGGUACCUGCCAGAGUUUGCUGGGCGACAGCAGAAACUCUCCCGGUUCCUGGUCAAAGUGGACCCCAACCUUCCGGGGCCCACUUCAGCCCAACCCCGAGAGGAAAAGAAUGGUGUCGGGGUGUCUAAAAAGGCCAAGAGAACCUGCGGGGACCCGGGCCAGGGCCAGCUGAGCCUCCUGAGGUUCUUCCAGGCAGGUCGUCCCCCAGAAAAAGCCCUCGUCGCCGGAGCCCAGGAGCCGGAGACCGAGCCGGCCGGCCAGGAUCCCGGGGGAGCGGCGCCCCUAGCCCCCGAGCCAGGCGAGGGCCAGGCAGCGUUUUGGAAGGCGGUUCUGAAAGGCCCCCCUCGUCCUCCUCUGUGCAAGGGCCACGGGGAGCCCUGCGUGCUGCGCACGGUGAGGAAAGCCGGGCCCAACUUUGGCCGGCAGUUCUACGUCUGUUCUCGGCCCGUAGGCCACAGUGGCAAUCCCGUUGCCCGUUGUGACUUCUUUCUGUGGGUCUCUGGCAAGACCCCAGCCCCUCACUGAGGGCUCCUUCUCGCUCCCUUGGCGGAGCACUCUCAGGUUACAGAGAUCACCGUGUUUUAGCGGCCAGUUGCCAAGGCUCUCCGAGGGACCCCAGAGCAGGUGUUAAUGGGACUAAAGGGAGUUGGGGGAAGGAAGGGAACUGCUGCUAACCUUGAGUUUGUUUUACUUAAAAAAAAAAAAAAAACACACCUAAUUUCAUAUUAAUAAAGUUUGGAUCUUUGA